AUGAAUAGCGAGGAGUACUCCAACAUAUACUUCCCACCAUCUCUCGCGCCCUCAAGACCCACGCUGGAAGAGGUAGGUUUUUUGGGCACUAAAACAGCAGGGGGUGCAGCAACAAAUGCCAACGGUAACGGUAACGAUGCCACGGCGGGAAGUAAAAGACAGCGGCUUUGCGAAAAAGAAGGUGGAAACAGCAAUGGUGAGGUGACUGCAUGUUGCACUGAACAAAAUAAUCUGGAAGGAAAUACCUCUCAAACAUGUCAGCGGUCAGACACCAUUGACGAUACGGGCGGUGGUAACAACAACGGUGGUGAUAGCCCGCAAAAGUUUCACGACGGACUGUUUGAGAAGAUGUUAGUGUUUCACACAAUUCCUGAGAGCGCGAUGCAGGUAGUGGCUCGUUACCGCGUGACACCACAGCGCUUGGAACACGCGCGAAAUAUCUUCAAACUUUUUGAAGGUACCCACUCGUACCACAACUUCACACCGGGAGGAAAGGCGAGUGAUCCCUCAUCUGCGCGUUACAUCACCAGCGUCACAGUUAGUGAGCCGUUUGUUGUGGACCCUUCUGAUGACGCCAUGUUAUCAGCACUUCAGUUGUGGGCUCCUUCGCGCUACUAUUCUCCUGAUGAUGAAAGGUUAGUUUCAGGGGAAGUGAAAGAUGACGAUGAAGUCGAACAAGAAAGAGAACGUAUGCGUGAACGUAUGAUUCGCAUUUACGGCACCCCUGCCGCUGAGGGAACGGGUGAUAUUAACAGGAACAUGGGAGACAGAAAUCGUGUUGGUCUCGAGGUUGUGCGCAUUGAAUUGAGCGGCCAGAGCUUUUUAUUUAAUCAAAUACGCAAAAUGAUCGGCACUGUUGCUUCUAUGUGCGCUGCUGGCUUACCACCGGAUUACCUGCGUGAUCAUUUCUUGAACAAGGCAGUUCGAUGCGGCACACCAAUGGUGCCUGCGAAUGGUCUUUUUCUGACGUAUUUGGACUUUCAGAGGUACAACUAUCGGUUGGAUCGAAUUCAACUCGAGGGGGAAAAUGGAAAAGGGAAGGGUGGUAUUUAUGUGGACCGUGUGGACGAGCAGGCGGUAGAAACUUUUCGACGGAAAAUUGUAGCUGUUGUGCUGCGUAACGAAAUGGUCACCGACGCCAUAGGGCGGUGGAUGCGGUCGUUGCGCCACGUGAUGAGAUUAGCGUGUAAGAUUGAGUUGCCGUAA